AUGGGCAUCAAGUCGCGGCAACGUCGGCGCCAGCAAGCCGCGGGCCGCGCCAGCGCCGGCAACGCCGGCGUGCCCCGCGGCUUCAACCCUCGAACCGGCGAGUUCGACGGCACCGGCAUGAGCCAGGACGAGAUCUUGGCGCUGUACGAGGAGCUCGCCGCGGAGGAGCGGCGACGGCAGAGGGGCGGCAGGGUUCGGUACUCCGAGGGUAACGCGGUGAUGAAGCUAUGGAACGGGGUGUACCGCCUCGUCGCCGUCGUCGCCGUCGUCCUCAUCGCGUCGUUCACGCAGCUGUUUCCCACCGCGGAGGCGUACGACAGGAGGCGGGGCCAGGAUCCCAACGCGAGGUUCGGCGACGACGCGGGCGACGAGGGAGCCGAGAACGUCGGGGGGGCCGGGGGUUCGGGACCCGAGAAAACCCCGCGGGACGAGCCGGCCAAGCCCACGGACCCGUUCGAGACCCUGGGCCUGGACAAAUCCACCGCCACGGCGGACGACGUCGCCAAGGCGUUCAAACGGAUGGCCAUCAAGUGGCACCCCGACAAGAACCUCGACCGCGAGGAGGAGGCCAAGCACAUGAUGCAGACGAUCAACGCCGCGAGGGCGCGGUGCGUGCAGAUCCUGGAGGGCGGUAAGGACCCGGAGGAGCGCGACGACGCCGAGUUCGAUCCCACCAAACCCCGACCGGAAGGGGACGACGACGACGCAUCAGAUGCGUCAGACGACGACGUGGGCGGAGCGGACUGCGAGGCCAAGGCGCGCCGCCGAGCGGAACGCGCGCACCGCCGGAUGUACGAGGAGAUGCAGCGCGACUACGAACGGAGGAGACGACAGGAGCGUCAGAGGGUGCGUUUAGAGGCGAGGCAGCCCGGCGCCAGGUUCAAGAGGCAGAGGGACGCGCACGCGGCGAGGGCGAGAAGAAGCGAGUCGUCAGAGAAGGACACGAAAAGAAGCGAGGACGCAGACGGCGCCGACGCCGAGGCGGGGUCGGAGCCCAACGACUCGAACCCAGCCGAUACCUCCGGCGGCUCCGCGAACAGGAGCGGAAAGGGUUCGAGCACGAACAGGAAGAAGAACCGCGCGCGAAAGGACAAGUCGCGGUUCGCGGAGAGGGGCGAAACGGACGAGGAGGACGAUCGGAGGACGGGGAGGAAAAGACUCGGGGGCGUCGAGAGCUGCGCGGAGCGCAUGGACGCGUGCGUGCACGAGAUCGCGCUCGCCGUCCGCGCCCACGCGCCCACCCUCCUCGCCGAGCUCCUGAUGUUCGAGUGCCCGCCCCUCGCGCCGGUGGAUCCCGACGGCAACACGCCGCUGCACUACGUGGCCAGGUACGACCCGGGCUUGGUGGAGGCUUUUCUCCAGGUUGUCGGCGAGGGGUGGCGAGCGGCGGCGACGGCCAAGAACAAUCACGGUCAGACGCCGGUGGACAUGCUGUCGCCGGAGGUUGAGGACCUCGACGAGAAGACCGCGGCUCAGGCGGAUAGGGUCGAUUCGGUCAAGGGGACGUCGCCGGCGGCGGUGGAGGAGCGGGAGAGGCUCGAGAAGCAGGCGAGGGAGCGAGCCGAGGCGAGCCGGCUGGGCGCCGAACGAAUUCGCAAAAUCACCGGAUACGCCCAGAGGGAGGAGGAGAAGAGGCGGGUGCUGACGCGGCGGACGUUCGACGCGAGGGGCGCCGCGCGGGUCUCCGUCGCCGCGACGGCGUCGUGCGCGACCGCGUACUUCGUCGUGUGGACGGGCGUGUGGGGCGCGUGGGUGUGGGCGGCGGGGGUAUUCUUCGCCACGGCGGUGUUCGCGCUCGACCGGCUGGUGCCCCGCGAGCAGGUGGCGGAGUUCGCGGGGAACGGGGACGGGGAGGGCGACGGGGCCGCCACUUGA